AUGACAACAUCGGAAAUAGAAAUGCAUUUCGAGUCCGUGAAUUCCGACUUAAUUUAUGACUUGACACGCAUAAUUCAACAAAAUGAAGCUGGCGAAAUCUUUGUUAAUGGAAAGACCGCUGAAAGUGCACGCGUACUCUGUAAAGACGAUAUAAUACGUUUACAAAUUAAUAAACUCGCUUUGGAAAGAGAUAGAUUAAAAGUUCCUGUUGUAGUAAUUCUAGAGGAUGAACACUUAGCUAUCAUUUGUAAGAAAGCAGGUGUGCCUAUGCGGGACUUACAAGAAAGUUUGCCGUUCGUUUUGGAUGGUGGGAGUGGACUUGUUAAAGAAGGGAAAGAAUAUACUUGCAUUAAUAAAAUACAAAGAGCAGUCAAUGGUUUGAUUAUUGUCUCCAAGAUUAAUGAGAUAAAAACUAAACUUAUGACAUUACUGAAAAGUGGUGUCAUCCAACAAAGGUAUCGAAUUCUUUGUCAUGGUAAAUUUCCUUCUUUGGAUGAAAAAACAUUUUUCCAUAAACACGCACCACCUUUCGCAUUACAACAUAUCGACUUCACUCGUAGUACAUCUGGUGAAGAAAAGUAUCUCACAACGUUGGACGUUGUUUUGAAUAAUUCAACUACAAUUUCAAGCGCUGGUAUACGAGAAUAUUUUGUUCAAGUAUGUCAUCCUAUCGUUGGUUCUAAUUCUUGUUCCAAAGAAUUAAAAUCAUACAAAGAUAAAAGUAUAAUGAUGGCUUUAUUGGAAGUUGUUUUCAGUCAUCCUGUAACUGGUGAAGAAGUGAAAGUGUCUAUCGAUGAGCCAGAAAAGUUCGAGACGGUACGACAACGCGAACUAAAGUUUUUUGAACAAAAGAAAAGGGGUGUUAUUGAAGAGUUACAACGACAUGGAAUUGACAUAACUGAUAAUUCUGAUUCAGAUAGUUUACUAAUGAAGCCAGUGGCAUAUAUUACUGGAGAAAAGGAAUUUUUUGAAUUGAAGUUUUUUGUUAGCCAGGACACAAUGAUUCCUAGGAAAUCAACGGAAUAUUUAGUACACGCAGUCAUAGACAUAUAUUUUAGCAAAUUGGAUUCCGGAUUCUGGAAAGGUCAAAAAGACGGUUAUAAUAGGUUUUCAAUAUUAGAUUGUGGAACAGGAUCAGGAUGUAUACUUAUUUCGGUGUUACAUUAUAUUUUAUCUCAAAUUACGACAACUUUGCCUCAUGUCUUUGGAUUAGGAUUAGAUAUUAAUUCUGCUGCUCUCGAUAUUGCACGUAAAAAUGCGGAAAGACACUUGAAUUCUUUUAUUUCCAACAAUAAUAAUUGUGAUUUUCAAAAUGUUGAUUUUUCAAACCUUCACAACUAUGAACCAAUAUAUAAUAUGUGUUUUGAUGUUAUUGUAUGUAAUCCACCAUAUCUUGAUGUUUAUAGGCUACUUUCAAAUGAUGAUCCACGUAUUCUCGAGCCAUCUAAUGCACUUUUUGCUGAAGAAGGUGGAUAUAAAUUUUAUCGUUUGUUAUACGAGUCCUUAGAACAUGCAUAUGUAAAGAAACUUAAUAUUUUGCAGGAGAAUGGUUUAAUAAUUUUAGAAAUAGGAAGUAAAAUGGCAGAAAAAGUCAAAGAAAUUUUCGCUGGGUGGAAAUGUGUUAAAGUUAUCAAAGAUCAUCAAGGAUUUGAAAGGUGUUUAUUAUUUUCCCGAAAAUCAGAUUGA